UUAUCUAUAAGAACAUCUUGUUCGUUACUAAUUGUUUGUGUUUCGUGUUUAAGGUGAGGCAGGAGCUGAAGGUGCAGUCGGUCCACCAGGCAAACAAGGAGUGCAAGGUGUGAUUGGUCCAGCAGGUCUGCUCGGACCUCAAGGCCCUCCAGGGAAGAGUGUGGUGGGUCCACCAGGACCCAGAGGUCCUCCAGGAGUGACUGGACACGGAGAGAAGGGAGAACGAGGAAUGUUGGGUCCAAGAGGAUUGACUGGAUUAGAUGGCAUUCCGGGUGCUGCAGGUCCCAUCGGAGCCGUCGGAUCACGUGGACCAUUAGGAGUGAAGGGUGAUCGUGGAUUACCCGGAGCAAAAGGAGAAGCCGGACCACAAGGUCGUCCCGGUCCAGAGAUGAGCGAAGAUAUGUUGAAAGUCUAUUUUUCUCCAGUCAAGGGACUGGCAGAGAGGAUGAAAGAACUGGAGGAUUGGAAAGAAGAGUGGACAAAGAAUGAGAGUAGAAUGAAUGAGGGUAGAGUGACUGUUGCAGCACAUCUUAUAGGAUCAUCAGGCAGUUAUUAUACUAUAUCAGGUGUGAUAACCUACUGGCAAACAAGCAGUCCAUCAUUUUUACUGGGUGGCAUCACAUACAGCAAUGGAGCUCUUACAAUUCCAUCUGAUGGUGUUUACUAUAUUUAUACACAUCUGUGGUUACGAGGCUCCAACACUAUUCGACCUUACAUCAGAGUAAACAGCAAUCCUGUUUUGUACAUCUCAAGUUACCAUUAUGCUGGUAAUGGAGAUAAAACCAAGCAUGCUGGUCUACUUCAGCAGCUGAAAAAAGGUGACAGUGUUGACAUACAUGGUGGAGGACAUCGACACCACAUGGGCUCUACUCGUUCGGAUUUUGGUAUUUAUAAGAUCGACUAGCUGGAAACAUGUUGUUGACAAUGAAGAUGUCAAUUGACUAAGUGAUAAGCGCGAGUGUCAAAUGACUCUCCAUGUGAUCAUGUUAGUAAUUGUAGUUGUGGACUGACUGUAGUAUGGCCCGGAUAUCCGGGCAAAGGUACAGUAUAGUGUCUGGUGCAAAUGAAGCUAUUCGACGACACAGUGUCAUUAUCGACCAAAA